CUCGGUUGAAUGUAUAUAUUCUUCAAUGGCAUAUUCAUCACCUCCGCCUCCACUUUUAUUUAUUUUUUUGAGGACCACAAUUCACUUAAGCAGUCUAGCCAAUUGACAGCCUCCGAGACAGCAAUUUUGAGCUUCGACUUGAUCAAAUCUUCAAGCUGCCAUUUCUAAUCCAUUCACUUCCAUCCGCCCCGCCGCAGCUGCACAGCAUCCAGUCUCGUCACGACAAAGAGCAUAAAUAGGCGUCGACGUGUUUACCUUUUCCUCUCUAGCCUGGGAACCGCCUGCUCUCCAUGCCGCCAUCUCCUCCUUAACUUCCUGCCCGACUCCCGAGAUGUUGUGGCACCAAUGCCGCCGCCUUGAAACGGCGAUCAUCCGACGAAGCUCCCGGUCGGUAUCACAACUACUCAGCAACCGGCCUAUAAACACCUGGGCGAUCAGUCAUCGGGCAAAGGAGGUCAUCUCGUCACCGGCAGGCAAGGGACACGGUUACCAAGCUCGAUACCCCAUCGCGCAGCGACUCUAUUCCGCCGCAUCCUCCGGCUUAUCAGAUUUGGGUCCGACAACGACGUCCUCGCUCGAGCCCCCCACGCCACAACUCCCCGAAAAGCCCGACUACCUCAACGACGCCGAGUCGGCGAUAUGGGACAGCCUGGUGGCGGCGUUCAGCCCGACCGAGCUCACGGUGCAGGACAUAUCGGGCGGGUGCGGAUCGAUGUACGGGAUUGAGAUUGCGUCGGAGAAAUUUCGAGGCUUGAACCUGCUGAAGCAGCAGAGGAUGGUCAAUGCUGUGCUAGGCGACAGGAUGAAGGACUGGCACGGCAUCCAGCUCCGCACCAGAGUCCCCCUGGCUCGGACGUAAGAAAAGGGGGCUCGGGCAUGCUCGCACGAUCGGCCGUGGUGGUCUGAUGGAGUAUCAAGCCACGAGGCGUGGUGAGCAUCGAGGAUGUCGUGUUAUACUCGGGAGUGAUUCCUCGAGGAGGCUUUCACCGCCCUGCUCCCGACGGCAAGGCCUGGGACUCGGUAACAUGGGUAUGUUCAUACCGCGUCAGCAUAAAACUUGCACUUUACAUACAUACGCCGCCUACCGCCUGCCUACGUAAUGUGUGUGUUGCGCGUGCGCGUGGGGUGGAACUUUUGAAGGUAUUUACUACCUACCUACCUACCUACCUAGUUAGGUAGUCCGUAGGCGUCGAGGGGCAGCCGGAGAUGUUAGCACGUUUAGGU